AUGCAUGAAGAAGUUUUAAAACCUUCUUAUCGUAUCCAAAGACCACCUUGGGUAGGGUUAUGGACCAAUACUAAAUACAAGGGCCGUACAGACUGGUGGACAGAAGCAAAUUUUAUAGAUGAUGGUUCUAAAAAGGGAAAUUUUAAGAUAAUUUCUCCACAAAUUAAUGAGCAAAACCCUGAUUGGUAUGAUCCAAAAGUCAAAGAUGGUACGUCUGUUGCCGGUCCACUUGGUCUUGACUCUAAGAAACAUAAAAAUGUUUCUGUCAAAGUUGACACUCCCGGGGAUUUUAAAAGUUUCCAAGAUAAUGUUUAUAAAAAUUCAAUUCAGUAUAAAAAUAUUGCUGAAAAAUUUGAUAUAUCAAAAGAACAUCCUGGUAUUUCUGUUAAUCCAACUUUAAGUUCAUAUAAUACAACAGCUAAAAAUUUAUUAGGACGUUUACCAUUAGUUCCUAAUAGAUGGUAUCAUUUUGGACCACGUUUUUUUGAAAAACCAUUAAAUGAAGGAACUUUUGAAAAAGGAUUAAGUUGUGUUAAAUAUACUGCAAUUGUUUUAGCACCACUUACUAUGGCACAAAUUAGGGCAUAUGGAACAAUUAAGAUAAAUGAAUUUACAUUGGUAAAUUUUUGUAAGCAAUAUCUUAAAAAUUCACCAAUUCCAUUUGCUGCUGCUUUUGCUUGGGGUUCCGCUUUAUCAGCAGCUGCUGUAAUUCGUAAUAGGGAUGAUUGUCAAAAUCAUUUGUUUGCAUCUGCUGCCGUUGGUUCUGUUGUUGGAACAAUGAAAAACAAUUUUAAUAUAGGUUUAAGUGUAGCAAUGGUUUCUCUUGUUCUUGGUGUCUUUUGGCAAUACCAAAGAUGGACUAAUGAAGGUCUUCAAGGAAUGGUUAUACAUCAAACUGUUAGUGGACAUCAAGGUGGUCCAUUAAUUUGGCAAUGGUUACAACAAGGAGAUCAUAGUGUACCAACACAAAAAUAUUAG